UUUUCAUCAUUCUCAUUCAACACUUCGAUCCCAAAGCAACACAAAACUUUAAAGAAAUUUAUAACAAAUUCUUCAUUCUGUAAAAGACGUUAGUUUAAAAAAUUUCGAAUUCUAAACACAAAUUAUUUGAUUUUCGAUUUAUUUCCUAACGCAUUCUUAACUAAGAGCUCUCACAAACAAUAACGACGCUUAGCAAGGAAAAUAAUAAAAUUUCAUAAUGGGUGAUGCACCAGCUACUCCGGCACCAGCGGCACCUGCACCAGCAACAACCACUUCUGGAGCGGAUAUGUUCGAGGGAAACGCUUGGCUAACUGCCGGCGCAGUUAUGAUGUACUCCACUUGGGCUAUGUGGGUCAAGCUACGAAAUUUGAAAUUUGCGUCGAAGACUGACAAUGAAUCGAUCGAACAUGAAUCGAUUGAAAAUGAAUCGAUCGAAAAUGUGUCGGUCGAUAAUGAAUCGAUCGAGUUGCGCCUUGAGGGUCAAGCUUUGAAAGAUGACGAGCAAUGUUUCGUGGCUGAAAAUGCACGAUCCCUAGGGCGUUGAGAAAAAAUGGAUGAGGACACAGAUACAAACUGUUAUUAGGCGUUGAUUUGCAUAUGGUUUAAAUUUAAUUGAUUCAAAAUUUUAAAAUUGUUUCUGCUUCGAUUUCAAGUGAAUUUGGUUCAAAUGCGAAAAUAAAAGGAAUGGCGCAGCAAAAAAUUAAAA